AUGUCGGCCAUCCCACCUUCGCGUGCCGAUGAGGUACAAAAUCUGUUGAAAGCCGUCGAAGACCUUCUCAUCCCAUUCAUUCGAGCUGCAGAUGCCCCAGGAACACAUACCGGCGCAAACGGAGUCAAUGGAAAUGGAACACCGACCGGAUCAUCACUAGUGGACUACAAGAAGCCCGAGGAACUGCGAGAUAUCCUUCAAUUGGAGAUUCCCGAGCAAGGAAGACAACAAGAAGGACUGAUUGAAGUUCUGCAAAAAGUCCUCCGAUACUCCGUGAACACAUGGCACCAAGGAUUUCUGGAUAAACUAUAUGCCUCCACCAAUGCGCCAGGAGUUGCAGCGGAGUUAAUUCUCGCUACUCUGAAUACCAAUGUGCACGUUUACCAAGUCUCGCCCGCAUUGACCGUCAUCGAGAAAUACACCGGGGAGCGCUUAGCGAACCUCUUUGGAUUGAACGGACCUCGAGCAGGAGGAAUUUCAGUUCAAGGUGGAUCUGCAUCGAAUACUACCUCUAUCGUGAUUGCGCGCAACAAUCUUUACCCUGAUACCAAGAAAGAGGGCAAUGGGAACUAUAAGUUUGUGUUAUUCACAAGUGCACACGGUCAUUACAGUGUUGAGAAGGCUGCUCAAAUGCUAGGAUUCGGUAGCAGUGCUGUUUGGCAAGUUCCGGUUGACAAGCAGGGUCGUAUGAUUCCAUCUGAACUGGAGAAACUGGUACAAAAGGCUCAAAGUGAAGGUCGCACGCCAUUUUACGUGAAUGCCACAGCCGGAACCACCGUUAUGGGAUCAUUCGAUCCAUUCGAGGAAAUCGCUGGCAUCUGUCAGAAAUAUAAUCUUUGGUUCCAUGUUGAUGGUUCAUGGGGUGGAUCGUUCGUUUUCUCCGAGAAACAGAAAUACAAGUUAUCAGGAUCAGAGAAAGCAAACAGCAUUACAAUCAACCCUCACAAAAUGCUCGGUGCACCCGUUACCUGCUCGUUCCUGUUAGCUUCUGAUAUGCGCCAAUUCCACCGUGCCAACACUCUACCAGCGGGAUAUCUGUUCCAUAAUGAAGACACGCAACCAGCUACCAACGGUACGCACCCCGAGCCAGAGAUCGAAGUCGAUUCACCAGAGGUCUGGGAUCUUGCAGACCUCACUUUGCAAUGCGGCCGACGCGCCGAUUCACUGAAACUAUUCCUCGGAUGGACAUACUACGGUAGCGAAGGCUAUGCACAGCAGAUUGACACAGCCUCUGAGGUUGCCGCACACCUCGCUACUCUUGUUGAGAAGCACCCGGACUUUAUUCUCGUUAGUGAGAAUGCGCCCCCUUGUCUGCAAGUCUGUUUCUACUAUGCACCUGGCAAGCAGAUGGUGUACUCACGCGACACUGCAUCGGACGAAACGCAACGAGGCAAGAAGAAUAGCAAGGUUACGGAGCAGAUCACGCAUGCUAUUGUUCCUAAGGGAUUCAUGGUUGAUUUUGCACCUCCCAGUGGAGACGAAGAUGCUGUUGGAAGUGGAAAGUUCUUCCGUUGCGUGGUGAACAUCUUGACCUCCAAGGAGACCGUUGAGUCUCUUCUCUCCGCCAUUGAGACUUCUGGUCCUGGUAUUAUUGAGUCGCUGCAGACUCAAGACAGACUUGCGACCCGAAAGCGCAAUGCCGAGUGA